UCGGAGCCGCCGCUCUCCCCGCGCUCGGGACCUGGGCAGAGGGGACGGGCAUCUAAGAGCUGCUGUUUCCCAAGGUCUGGGCACAGGGCUGCCCCUCCCUUCCUCCCCGAAGUUUGCAUGAAGCGCACGUUAGGCUGUAAUUAGGGAUUUGGGAGGAAAACUUUCCUGGUGACGCUUUGCUUUUCUUCUGCUCGUGGUGAGAAAGUGCCUCCUUCUUCCCAGGACCAGGACCUCUGCCAUCCAGCGCCACAAAGAGACAUUCUGCACACACACACACUCACAGGCUCACUCACACGCGCGCGCACACACCCUUGCCCAGAGACAAACUUAAGGUGAGGGGAAAGAGCUCGAGCUUCACUUGAUCUCCAGGCUCCAACUUCAGCAGGACUUGGGAGCAUCUGAACUUCUGGAUUUCGGGACAAGUAAAGAAGAGUCUUGGGGCUACAAAGAUGAAGAGCCUACUUCUUCUGGUGCUGAUUUCAAUCUGCUGGGCUGACCAUCCCUCAGACAACUAUACCCUAGAUCAUGGCAGAGUUAUUCACAUCCAAGAAAAUGGCCCCCAUCUACUUGUGGAAGCAGAACAAGCCAAGGUGUUCUCACAUAGAGGUGGCAAUGUCACACUGCCAUGUAAAUUUUUUCGAGACCCUACAGCAUUUGGCUCAGGAACCCACAAAAUCCGCAUCAAGUGGACCAAGCUAACUUCAGAUUACCUCAAGGAAGUGGACGUUUUCGUUUCCAUGGGAUACCACAAGAAAGCCUACGGAGGCUACCAGGGGCGAGUGUUUCUGAAGGGGGGCAGUGAUAACGAUGCUUCCCUGCUGAUCACAGACCUCACCCUGGAGGAUUACGGGAAAUAUAAGUGCGAGGUGAUUGAAGGAUUAGAAGAUGACACUGCUGUGGUAGCAUUAGAUUUACAAGGUGUGGUAUUCCCUUACUUUCCACGACUGGGGCGCUAUAAUCUCAAUUUUCACGAGGCACAGCAGGCUUGCCUGGACCAGGACGCCGUGAUCGCCUCCUUCGACCAGCUGUACGACGCCUGGCGGGGCGGGCUGGACUGGUGCAACGCCGGCUGGCUCAGCGACGGCUCCGUGCAGUACCCCAUCACCAAGCCCAGGGAGCCCUGCGGGGGCCAGAACACAGUGCCUGGGGUCAGGAACUACGGGUUUUGGGAUAAAGAUAAGAGCAGAUAUGAUGUGUUCUGUUUUACAUCCAACUUCAAUGGCCGCUUCUACUACCUGAUCCACCCCAGCAAGCUGACCUACGACGAGGCGGCGCAGGCCUGCCUCAAGGACGGCGCGCGCCUGGCCAAGGUGGGCCAGAUGUUCGCCGCCUGGAAGCUGCUGGGCUACGACCGCUGCGACGCGGGCUGGCUGGCGGACGGCAGCGUCCGCUACCCCAUCGCCCGGCCGCGGCGGCGCUGCAGCCCCAGCGAGGCCGCCGUGCGCUUCGCCGGCUUCCCCGACAAGAAGCACAAGCUGUACGGCGCCUACUGCUUCCGCGCCUACAACUGAGCGCGGGUCCAAGGGCAAGGUCUUUGGGAACAUGGGAAAGGUGUGUUUUUUCCGUAUGAACUCAUGCAAGGUACCAAAACUGUGAUAACCCUUUUUUACUUACUGUAAAGAGUCAUUUUCAUAAAGAUCAAUUCAUUAAUUUGUGUUUGUAAAGCUAUCAUUCACUAUAUAUUAUAAAUUAAUAUAAUUUUAAGGGGAGCCCUACAUCAGGAGGCUGCGGAGCCAAGCCGUCGAGGCUGUAUCAUCCCACAAAGUAUCCGUUCACGGGCGGGGCCUGCAAUAACCUGAGGACGGCUAGGGUUAAGUUAGGAAAGUAAAGCUACUCAGAGCAGCAGCUUCCACAAGCACAAAUUUUACACAUUUGUACAAUUUUGAAAUGCACUACAGUAAACAAACCGGAGCAACAGGUUUGAAAUACAGGCUUCUUUACAUAAACUGAGAUCCUGAGAGGUCGCACAAAACUCAGUCUCACAAGGGAAUAAUCUACAUUUUUCUAAAUGUUCCUAUUUCAAGUCUCCAACAGAAUAUUUUACUCUUUAAAAUCCUGCCUUUUUGACCAAAAAAAUAAAAAUAAAAUUCAUAUGGACUCCAAUGCAUAGUAAAAAGCACAGUUAAAACUCCUUAACAACCCCAUUUAUAUGAAGUAUGAAAUUUAAAUAAGCAUAUGAUAUUUAACCAAUGUGAGAGACUCCUAUCUUCUUCUAAUUAAAACUACACAUGCCUAAGAAGAAUCGUCUUAUCUUUUGAGUAGCUUUACUGAGUUAUAUUUAAAUUCUAAGGGCCGUUGGCUAAGCAGCAUUUAGCAUCUACUCAGGGCAGUUAUAUAGAUAAACUGCUGGACAGAAAAAUUGUAAAAUUUAGCAGCUUGAUUUUAUGUUAGCCUAUGAGAUGUUAUUGUCCUAUAAAAAUAACUUUAAACUAUUUAAUAUUUUCUUCUUAUUUACGCUACACUGAAACAUUUAAGUCAUAAGAGGAAUGGAUAACUACACACUUUCCUAACCAAGGAAUAAAGCCCUAACUUUCAAAAUCCUUAUUUUUUUAUUCGUGUAUACACUAGAAAGCCCGACUGGUGCCUGUGGUCGGGGAAAAGUCAACCAAGUCAUUCUAAGCCUUCCCCCGUAAGAAAAUGUGGUCGGUGAUGUCAACUUCCUUGCUGGUCAUCAUUAGGUGUAAAUGAAACACUGAAGCUGUCAUCACAGAGUUUACACUAAAAUCAUCAGGGCUAUAAGUGAAAGGGUAAGGCCAGCUUCAGAAAAACAAUUAGCAGCUCCAAUCUUAAAUAAAGCUCUGUUUUCCUGUAUUUUUACGACUGUUGAGACCCCACAGGGACCAAUAUUUGUAUUCAAAUUACAUUUUAUGGUUUCCCAUUGUUUCACAAUGAGUUCUAAUAAAUGGGAUUUAGUAUCAUAAUCCAAGAAUGACAUAGCUGGUGUGCUUUCAUGAAUGUUUUUAUGUAGAUUUUCCUCCCAUGAACAUAAGUAAAUAAAUCUGUUUCCUGAAUUGAUUGUGGUUGCAUUUAAAGCUCUGUAAGAAUUCUAAUAAAUUUACUCUCUAAAUGCAGAGUUACAUGUGUGGAAGAUAUAGAACAAUUGGAAGUCCAUACAACCAUAACUAUACUCAUACAUUAUCUAGACAAAAUAUUGUAAAUAAAAGUAGAUCACUUCUUUUAUUAAGAGCAUAGCUGGCAAUUUUCAGAUGCUUUAAUAUUAAAAGAUGACAAUGUAUGCAUGCACAUUUUUACAUUAGGUUGGAUAUGCAGAUUGUACAAAAAUUACAAAUAUAAAUCCAAAGAGAAUGUGAGGUUUAACUCAAACACUGCUGAUACAAAUAGAACUCGAAUGUUUAAAUUAAAAAUACCUGAAUGGUCUGGAAUAAGAUGAAUAUGUUAUUUAAAGACGGGACUAUCUCCAAAAGGGUGACUCUAACACCUCGACUAUAGGGGUGAGCUCAUUGGAGGAAGCCCAUACUUGAAUGAUUAUUACCCACGUUACAAUAAUUUUAUUGGAAAUGCAAGUGGGAACAAAUUUUUAUAUUGAAGCAGAUAUAUAAUUUUCAGUUAUUGCUGCAGAACUCUACCUUUAUAAUGUUAAGCAUAGUAGCUAGCAUUUCUUAACUUUUGAAUACUUACUAGUAUAGGAAUUGGUGCUGAUCAAAAACUCUGGACUGACUUUUAGCUGAUUAAAAUCUAUACUGAUUGCACACCAUUUUUCCAAGCUUGUAAAAAAAUAUUUAAAAAAUGAAUACUGCCGGGCAGAAUUUUUAUCUUCUGACUUCCCCCGAAGGAUGAUGAUCCCCUUCCUUACCCUUUUGAACUCCUACUUGAAUAAUUUUAUUUUUAGUGUUAUCAUUUUCCAUUUUUCCACCAAAUGUCUAUUUUCCUACUUCAUCCCCCAAGAUAUCUCACUGAGAUGUUGGUUAUCCUAAUACAAUUCCAAACAGAAAGUCAGUACAACAUUGGCUAAUUCAGAAGUUGCUCCUCAGAUGUGGGUUCCAAGAGUAUCCGAGAGAUAAGAUGGGACUCUGGGUUAGGAAAUCUUAUUUUGAUCAUUUUGUCCCUAAUUAACACUUGUGGCCCAUAUUAGCAACAAACUUUAUCUUCAAGUUUCACUGAGACACCUACAUUUGAAAACCCAACAAUAAGAAAUGAUUCAUAUAAAAAGACAGUAGGAAUGGAACCAAGUUAAUCACAUUAACACUGGAAGGCAUCUUUUAAUGACUGCUGCCAUAUUUUAUCACAGUAAUUUUUAGUCAAAUAAGGUAUUUGUAAAUUUAAACUUUUUCUCAUAGAAAGGGGGCCGGUACCUGUUAAAGUUUUAUUUUAUGCAAUAAUAUAGUCGCUUAUUAUUUUGGCAAUGAAAAGUAGACUCAAAGGAGAUUCCAAUUUGGUUGCUGGCAGCCAUCCUGGGUUUCUUGAUUUCAGUGCUCCAAAGAAUAUGGUGGUCUCAUGGAGUAGGUGACCACUGGGAAGGAAGGAUUAAAGGGAACUGCUGUCAGUUUUAAGCACAGAAUGCAUCAAGCACGAUCAAUGGAUAACUGACAGUUUUGUCGAGAAGUGUGCUAUAGCUCACUACUGCCAGAGCAGCAAUGAUGUACAACAAAAGAAAUAAAAAAUACAAAAAGUCAGUAAGCCACCAGACUAAAAAAAAAAUCAGUAUUUAAAGGCAUUUAAUACCUACUGGGUACAAAUCUGAGGAAAAGAACCAAUCUGUAUUACAAAAAUAAUGUUUUUAUUUUCUGUAAGAUACAAUGAACUGGUAAACAAACAUUAAAAGACAAUUUUGUGUUACUGCAGUA